AUGAUUCUCUCACGGCGCGCAGUACUCUCCCUCGGCCUCUCCUUUUUCGUCGUCCUCUUCUUCGCAGCCCGGCAUCUUACACAACCAUGGGAUAAACUUCCCCAGGCUGUGGGUCUAGGUGAUUUUGUCUACCCUGUUGGCAGAAAUGGAACCAAGAACCUCAAUGGCACUGUAGGGCAUCAAACCCUGUAUGCCCCCCAGCCAAACUUUGUCCCCGGUAUUCCCAAACCCCCUGGGGUGGAAUAUUCAAAAAGGCUCGUGGUCCCGCGCACGAAGACGGAGGACGUGAGUUGGAUUGAUACGGAGCUGCCCGAUUGGGACACUGCAAUCUAUGUUGCCAAUGACCCUCAUGCACCGCUUCACCCGCCGUCGAACAAAGGUCACGAAGUCAUGGUCUAUCUGACCUACGUGAUCGACUAUUACGACGACCUAUCCGACAUCUCCGUUUUCAUACACUCCCACCAAAACGCGUGGCAUAACGAUGAAAUUUUCGGCGGCGAUACGGCAGAGAUGCUCCGGCGUUUGAACUUGGCUCGAGUCGUUCGGGAGGGAUACAUGAAUCUACGCUGUGCCUGGAUGCACCCCGGGGCUACCGUGGAAGAUGAAUCAAAACAAGAAGAGUUGAUGCUGGCUCGCGCAUGGGGAGAGCUCUUCCCCGAUGAUGAGGUUCCGUCCGUGCUCGCACAGCCGUGCUGUGCGCAGUUUGCUCUGUCGCGCGAGCGGAUCCGGACGAUCCCUCGCGCCCGCUUCGUCUACUACCGCGAUUGGCUUCUGCAGACUGAUCUCAGUGACUACAUUGCUGGUCGCAUCUGGGAAUAUCUUUGGCAAUACGUUUUCACCGGCGAACCGGUUGUCUGUGUAGAUGAGAAUAUUUGUCUCUGUGAUGGUUAUGGCAUUUGUUUCGGUGGACCAGACGAGUUCCAGGCCUACCGGGAUGCAGCCGACCAGCUGAAAUAUCUCCAACAAGACCUAUCGGAAUGGUCAUUCUUAGCGGAUGAUUUAGCGUUCGCUGAGAAGCUUGGGGAGUUGGAUGAGACGAUGGAAUUGGAUAUCCCGCCUCUUGGUCGCGAGGGCACAAUGAAAGAGGAAGCCGAUACCAUUGAGCACGAAGUUGCUGAGCUUAUCCACAAUGCCUUGCAACGUGGUGAGGACCCCAGACUCCGUGCGUUAGAGGCUGGCCGUCCCUGGAAUGAAGGCGAUGGCUUCUAG